CGUACGCGUAGAGGAUUUACCAUAGACCCAUCUGAACUUAGGUGUGGUCAAUAAAAGAAACCUGAUGCGAUUUCCAACGAGCUAAUUUUUUGUUAUCGAAGAAAUUGGAGAGUGGUGCUUAGAAGCUUUGUUUUAUUGAUUUAUCUUGCUCUGCUUGAUUUCAGUUCGACGGCUUUGUUUGAUUGUUUGUGGAUUUGGUUCAGAACAUUGCUAAGGAGUAGUCCCAAAACAAACAGGUUAUCAUGCCUGAAGCUGCAGCUAAUUUGGAGGACUCAAACACAAAAGAGAACAUGAAAUCUAAAGAAGGAAAUGAAAAGAAAAUGAAGAAAUCAGCAACGUCCAAUGGACUUGGUUCAUUUACAAGGGGGAAGCUGGUUUUGGCCAGAGUUAAUAUGCUUGAUGGAACAGUAACUGACCUAAGCAUUGAAAAAGGCGCUAGAGGACAAGAACUUCUUGAUCGUGUAUGUGAGCAAGUGGAUUUGGUCGAAAAAGACUAUUAUGGUUUGGUAUAUCUUGACCAAGACAGUAAUAGAAACUGGUUGGCAGCUGACAAAAAAAUCUCAAAACAACUGAAAAGCCAUCCUUGGGAAUUCAAUUUCGAAGUGAAAUUUUACCCUCCCGAUCCUUCCCAGCUUCAGGAAGAUAUAACUCGAUACCAGCUAUGUCUUCAAGUUAGAAAUGAUAUUCUGUCGGGAAAACUACCGUGCUCGUUUGUCACACAUGCUUUGUUGGGAUCUUACCUCGUACAAUCAGAGCUUGGCGAUUACGACCCCACUGAACAUGGCACUGGCUCGGAGUAUGUCCGUGAGUUACGUCUAGCUCCCAAUCAAACGCCCGAGCUUGAGGAGAAGGUUAGCGAACUUCAUCGGACGCACAAGGGGCAGACACCAGAAGAAGCCGAAUUACAUUAUUUGGAAAAUGCCAAGAAAUUGGCCAUGUACGGGGUAGAUCUUCACCAAGCUCGAGAUUCGGAAGGAGUUGAUAUUCUGUUAGGUGUAUGUGCAUCGGGAUUACUUGUCUAUAAAGAUAGGCUUCGCAUCAAUCGAUUUGCUUGGCCGAAAAUUUUGAAGAUAUCUUACCGACGCAAUGGAUUUUAUAUCAAAAUUCGUCCUGGCGAAUUUGAACAGUACGAAUCUACUAUUGGUUUUAAAUUGUCCAAUCACCGGGCAUCUAAAAGACUGUGGAAAGUCUGUGUUGAACAUCACACCUUUUUCAGACUCAUGACGCCAGAACCUCCACAGAAAAUUGGACUUUUCCCCCGUUUGGGUUCCAAAUUUCGCUAUUCUGGUCGAACUCAGUAUCAAACUCGACAGGCAUCGGCAUUAAUUGACCGUCCUGCCCCUCAGUUUGAACGUACUCUAAGUAAACGGCAACCUGGAUCGAGGAGCGUUGAUGCUGGAUUAGGGAACAGCACUGUGGUAGACAGACCGCAACGAGAAGUCAAACGAACAACCAUGGCCUCUGCUCCACCCCCGCCUACUACUAAGCCCCUCAUGGCUGAAGGCCCAGCUGAAGGAGAAUGGGAAGAGGAUGCCGGUCUGGGUGCGGCCGCGGCCGAACGACGAAGAGAAAAGGCUUUGGAACGUGAAAAAGCCAAGGAAAAGGAGGAAAAAGCAACGCAACAAAAGGAGGAACGAUUAGUACGACCUCUUCCUGUUGUCCCCAAUGGUGUACCAGACAGAAAUACUGUUUCGCGCCAAUCUUCCAAUCAAUCGGCGGUCAACUUGAUUCUUCCUCUUAGUGCAUCUUCGCUGGAAAGGUCUCAAGCGCUAGUACAAGGAAACGACCGGGUUCGAUUUGGACCUAAUAAAGCGAACGAAGCUUUGGUAAUGAAGGCAGGUGUCAAUUCUUCCGAUGGCGUCCACUCGGACGUAAGCUCGACUGGCUAUGCAAGUAGUCGCGCAUUCAGCGUUGAAUACAGCCCAGAAUUAAACCGCCUCGUGGAUGAGUUGUACAUGCUGCCCGAAACGCAGCCGGUGGAGCCGACGAAGCCAAACAGCAAAGCUGUACAGAAUCAGCCUCUUUGGUCGUCCGUUCAACCCGCUCCUUUUGCUAUGAUGUAUAGGGAAGAGACCAGGAGAAGAUCAUCCAGCUCGAGAUCCUCUGUUGCUGCUGGUAUACCAGGCGAGAAACAAAGGAUCCCUAGUGCGCUACCAACUGAAACGUACGCCAGAAGUCGAAUGGGUCGUCCAACAUCGUACUUUUAUUCGACACCUGGCACUCUUUUGUCCGAUACAAAUCCGAGUUCUAAGUACACAAAGAGCCUUUCAGCAAGUCAAAGUGUGUCUAAAUCGACAGACGAGAAACCGGUGGGUGGAGUUGCGGUGAUGCCACUGGGCACUGAUCUGCUAUCGAAGUUUCGCAAAGAUAAAACAAAAGAAGAGGGAACAACACACCAACCAGUUGCAGAUCAACGCGAAGUGUUGGUCAAAACGACCAGCCGUAGGAUCGGCAGUGACGAAGAAUCCGGCGUUUCCGCAUCAGAAGGAUUGCCAACGACUACUACGUCCCCUGGUUUCACUCGCUCUUACACGUAUAAUGCCACUGAAGACUCCGGCACGAAGCGACGGUUUGAACCGCAGAGCCUUGGUUUUCGGUAUGAUGGCCAACCUUCUGUGGGUGCUCAACAACCCAAUAGUCCGACUGGUAGUAGCAGUUCAGGGAAGAAAAACGUCGGACUGGCUUUUAGUUACGUUGCAGGAGACGAGGAAAAGUUAGCUGACGCAAGCCGUAUAUUGAAAAACACGUCCCCGCGAGGUGACAACUUGUCAAGAUCGUAUGACAAAACAGAGAAAGACACCAAACAGGGCCAUAUUGACUAUGUCGAGUCGGCCUACUUGAAGGACAAGGAUACCGAGCAGCUCUCGGCUUACGACGAAGGUCGUUUGCCAAAAAUCGGCAAUCAAAGGGAAGAUCGAACCACCAAAACUGCUGACUCCGGCAGUGAUGGUGAUAAUUCGAGCUUAGAAGAAUCUGUUGAAGAACACAAGCAGCCACAAACGGAAGAAAUUAUGAAUGCUGAAUUAGCUGCUAGGGAAAGAGCACAGAAAGCAGCUUUCCUUGGCGGAACUAGCGCAGCAUUAUCUGCAACUCAAGCCCCGAAAAUCGUGAAAACUACAACAAAACAAACUCUCGUUCAGAACGCCGACGGAUUACGACACAACAAGGAAGAAAAAGUCGAAGAUUUGACUCCAGGCGGUUCCGGGGCCGUCACCGUUGUAUCUUCAGUCAAUAAAGCUGAUUUACCUGACGAACUUUCCUCUGGAAGUCAUGCACAUAAUGUCCCACAUGUUAAAGCAACCCAGGUUACGACACGGACAGCGUUGACCAAAGAAGACAAAGAGACCAAUUCCACCACUUCGCAAAUUGAAGAAAAGACUUUUACUGCAACCACCAUGACAACUGGUCAUCGCCAAGAACAACGUGUAGUAACGCAAGAAGUGCGGACGGCUACCAUUCUGACCAGCGCUGAACCGAAUCAGAUAACCGCACGCCGCAUGAGUGUUCAUAGCACGAGUUCAGAAGAUUCUGGUACAGCAGUUGACGGUGACCAGGAGCCACCGAUUGUUAAAACAGAGACGGUCAAGUACGAUCCGUCGUCCUUUUCUCCUGUUGCUGCACCGAAGACAAGCUCAUCUUACCCUUUCGUUCCUACCGAAACACGUACUAUGGGUAGCGCAGGCCACGUUAGCCACGAUGAAGAAGACACCAAAGGCUCGUCAGUUGUGACAACGUUGAUGGAACAACAAGGAGAAGUAAUCACCACUCAAAACAUAACUUCAAAGACACGCACCGUGGAGACAGUCACGUAUAAAAAAGAACAUGACGGUUUGGUUGAAACUCGGGUCGAGCAAAAGAUCACCAUUCAGAGCGACGGGGAUCCGAUUGAUCAUGAUCGGGCUCUAGCAGAAGCAAUCCAGGAGGCCACUGCUAUGAACCCGGAUAUGACUGUAGAAAAGAUAGAAAUUCAACAACAAGCACUACCACAGUAGAUUCGGUUCGCACACGACGUUGUGCUGCUUCUUUUCAAUCCUCGUAUCGAAUAGACCAUUUUUUUAUUAUUAUUAUUAUUUUAUGGAAAUUAAUCACAUUAUACCUACCAAUAAAGCUUGAGGGUUACUUCGCACUGAAAUAUUUUGUGGGUAAUCUGUUUUCACAACUAAUUUUAUGUAAAUGUUAGGGUGGGUGGUUGUUUCCUCGCAAGAGUAUUUUAGAAAGCAGAAAAGAUAUCGAUCGACCAAAUAAAUUUAGAACAAGGUCAUACCCAACUUUUAUUUGAUUGCCAACGUCUGAACCCCCAAUGAUACAGUCGUUUCAGUUGUCAUCGGUUUCUAAUUUUCAUCGAUGUAACCACCCAUUCAUUCAUUUUGUAAGUUUCAAUUAAAAAUACUACGGCUACAAGUUUCAAUAUCA